AUGGACUCGAACAAGAAACCCCUACUUUUCCUUGACAUAAUACUGCGUGACUACCCGACAGACCCUAUCAAAACCCUCAUUGACUCUGGCGCCACCUCCAAUUUUAUAUCCCCCACUCUAGUAGAAAAACUGAAAAUUCCAAAAACCCUACUCAAAAAUCCACAAGUAGUGAGGAUGUUAGACGGUACCAUAUCUCAGACUGGUCGCAUAUGGCACCAGGUUCAACUUGCGGUCUUGGCCAAUGGCCAUCCCCACCACAUUCCCUUCCUUGUUUGCCCCAUAGGCAACACCCCGGCUAUUCUUGGCAUGACCUGGCUCACAUCGGAAUCCCCCCUAAUUGACUGGCAACAAGGACUUGUCACAUUCCCAGAACAAGUCCAAAUUGCCUCUGAGGAAGAAGCGGAUCCUGACCCCUUGGCAGACCUCCCUACCCAAUACCAUGAGUUUGCAAGAGUAUUUGGCGAAGAAGAAUUUAAGGUCCUUCCCCCCCACAGGGAAUAUGACAUUUCCAUUGACCUACUUCCUGAUGCCAAACUCUCACCCGGACCUAUUUACGGCAUGACCGAUGCAGAAUCCAGGGCGCUGAAACAACACAUUGACGAGGAGCUGGCAACGGGCAAGAUCCGCCCUAGUACCUCCUCAGCAGGCGCUCCAGUCAUGUUUGUAAAAAAGGCAGAUGGCUCCCUCAGACUGGUUGUUGAUUAUAGAAAGUUGAACAAGGUCACUCAUAAAAACGUCUACCCUCUUCCCAGGCAAGAUGACCUUAUGGCCAAACUAAGGAAUGCAAAACUCUUCACCAAGUUGGAUCUUUGUUGGGGUUACAACAACGUCAGAAUUAAAGAAGGAGAUGAGUGGAAGACGGCCUUUAGGACUAAGUAUGGACUAUUUGAAUAUCUAGUCAUGCCCUUUGGUCUCACCAACGCCCCGGCCGCCUUCCAACAUUUCAUGAAUGACUUGUUCAGGGAUCUCAUCGACGUCACAGUGGUAAUCUACCUGGAUGAUAUCCUCAUCUUCUCAGAAGUCCCCAAAAAGCACCCGGAACACGUUAGGGAAGUCCUAUUGAGGCUAAUGAAAAACCAGUUGUUUUGCAAGCUCUCUAAAUGCCACUUCCACGUCACUACGGUGGAUUACUUGGGUAUUGUCAUAUCCCCAGCCGGCUUUUCCAUGGACCAGAAAAAGAUUGAGGCAGUCACGUCAUGGCCACAGCCCAAGACGGUUAAACAAGUCCAGGCCUUCCUAGGUUUUGUCAAUUACCUCCGCCAAUUUAUCCCCAACUUCAGUUCGGUCGCACGCCCUCUGCAUAAUCUCACCAAAAAGGAAACCCCUUGGUCAUGGGGUAACCUAGAGGAAGCAGCGUUUCAGGAGUUAAAGCUUCUUGUCACCCAGUCACCGGUCCUUAUCCACUCCAACCCGGGUCUACCCUACUACCUUGAAACAGACGCAUCAGGGGUAGCAAUGGGAGCAAUACUCAGCCAGCGAGGCCCAGACAACCGGUUACACCCCAUUGCCUACAUGUCCAAAUCAUUCUCAGGAGCAGAAGCCAAUUACGACACCCACGAUAAGGAACUCCUGGCAAUAAUCAAGGCAUUAGAAGAAUGGCGGAUAUUCCUAGAAGCUACAGACAAGCCAAUCCAGGUCUUCACGGAUCACAGGAACCUGGAAUACUGGAGGCAAGCCAGGACCUUCAACCGGAGGCACGCCAGAUGGCGCAUAUUCCUGAGCGAUUUCAAUUUUGAGAUCCAUUAUUGCCCAGGAAAGCAAUCAGGGAAACCAGAUGCACUGUCCAGAAGGUCUGACUACGUAGAUACGCCCCCAAACCCAGAAGUCAUGCUACCAGCGGAAGUAUUUGCCAACACGUCAGAAGAGGAACUCGAUAUUGUCUCAGAGAUCCGCACCAAACUCAGAGAUGACCCGUCGCUUGAACCCAUCAUCAAGUUCCUCACAGAAGACGCGGACAACGCACCUCUGUCAAUUCAAAAGGCCUACAGGGAAUAUGAUUGGGAAGAAGACCUAUUAUGGUACCGCAGAAAGUUGGUGGUUCCAGACUCAGAACCCACAAAAGACCGGCUACUCAGGGAAUUCCACGACUCACCGCUGGCAGGACACCCUGGGCAACAACGUACCCUUGAACUGCUAAGUCGCAAUUACUGGUGGCCAGGGAUGAAGUCCUCUGCCAAGGAGUGGGUAGAAUGCUGCCCCGUAUGCCAAGCCAACCGGCAAGCCCAUGCACCGGUCAUUGCGCUGAAACCCUUGGAAGUCCCCCUGUUCCCGUUUCACACCAUCUCCUACAAUUUCAUCACUGGGUUUCCCAAGUCACAGGGCCACGACGCUAUCUUAGUGGUGAUUGAUUCAUUCUCCAAGUUUGGACACUUCAUCCCCACCUCCAAGAAAGUUACCGCCAAAGGCCUCGCAGAUCUGUUCAUCACCCAUGUGUGGAAACUUCACGGAUUACCGGUCAAAACAAUCUCUGACCGCGGAACCACCUUCACAGGGAAAUUCUUAAGGGCCCUCUACCAACGACUUGGAGUCAAACCAGCUUUCUCCUCUGCAUAUCACCCCGAAUCAGAUGGACAGACAGAAAGGGUGAACCAGUUCAUUGAGUUUUACCUACGCUCCUACGUAGCCGCUGACCAUUUGGAUUGGGCCACUUGGCUACCUCUGGCCGAGUACGCAUACAACAACGCCAAACACGCGUCAACCGGAAAAACACCCUUUGAACUUGUCUAUGGACGGAACCCAAUCAUGAACCCUUCCAACAUCCCAUCCAACGUCCCAGAAGCAGAUGCGGUAGCUGACACGUUAGCCCAAGAAUGGAAAGAAGCCAAAUCAGCCCUCAGAAUGAGCAAGGAGCGGAUGAUCAGGGACAAAGGAACAAUCCCGGAAUAUUCAGUAGGGGAGAAGGUCUGGCUAGAUGGAAAAAAUGUAGAACUUAGGACCAACUCAAAUAAGCUGGACCCCAAACGACUAGGACCUUUCAAAGUCAUCAAAAAGGUUUCCAGCCACGCCUACCGUCUAGAGUUACCGGAAACCCUGAAAAUCCAUGAUGUUUUCUACGUUGGGUUACUAUCCAAGAGCCACAAAUCUCCAAGUCAGCCAUUCCCAGAGCAACCUCCCCCUGAAACAAUAGAGGGAGAAGAGGAAUACGAAGUGGAACAAAUCAUUGACUCAAAGCAACAAAAAGGGAAAUGGUUUUAUCUGAUUAAAUGGAAAGGUUACGGCCCAGAAGACAACUCCUGGGAGCCCGAGGAACUAUUAGAGCACAGCCAGGAAGAAAUCAAGCGCUUCAAUCAGGCUAGACUCAGAAAGGCUUGUGACGCCGCCAAGAGCCUUUAA